GGGGGGUCUGUGCUUUGGGGCGCCCCCCUCUGCACCCUCUGGGGACGAGGCUCUACGCUGCGCAGGCUGCUGAGGCCGUGCUGGAUAAAUCAGGCACCCGGGUGGCUUCCUCUUCUCAAGCAGCAUCGGAGAAUAAAUCAUUAGCGGCAGAGUCCAAGUCGUUUGCUGUGGGAAUGUUCAAGGGCCAAAUCAACACUGAGCAAGUUUUCCCUUACCCCUCGGCCCUCAGUAAAGAACAAGCCCAGACUCUGCAAGAGCUCGUGGGGCCUGUCUCCCGCUUCUUUGAGGAGGUGAAUGACCCAGCCCAGAAUGACGUGCUGGAGCAAGUGGAAGUGAAGACGAUGCAGGGCCUGAAAGAGUUGGGCGCAUUCGGCUUGCAGAUCCCGGUUCACCUGGGGGGGCUGGGCCUCAGCAACACCCAGUAUGCCCGGCUGGUGGAAAUCGUGGGCAUGCACGACCUGGGGGUGGGCAUCACCCUGGGGGCGCACCAGUCGAUUGGGUUCAAGGGGAUCCUCCUCUAUGGCACCCCGGAGCAGAAGGAAAAGUAUCUUCCCAAACUGGCUACUGGCGAGACCAUCGCCGCUUUCUGCCUCACGGAGCCUGCAAGCGGUUCGGACGCUGCCUCGAUCCGCACAACGGCUGAGCUGAGCCCCUGUGGCACCUACUACACUCUGAAUGGGGGCAAGAUUUGGAUCAGCAACGGCGGCAUUGCUGAGAUCUUCACGGUUUUUGCGAAAACGCCCCUAAAGGACAAGGUGACCGGCGAGGUGAAGGACAAGAUAACCGCGUUCAUCGUGGAACGAGCUUUCGGGGGCGUCACACAUGGCCCCCCGGAGAAGAAGAUGGGCAUCAAGGCAUCCAACACCGCGGAGGUCCACUUCGAUGCCGUCCGUGUCCCAGUGGAGAACGUCUUGGGAGGCCCCGGUGCCGGCUUCAAGGUUGCCAUGAAUAUCCUCAACAACGGGCGUUUCGGCAUGGCUGCCGCGCUGGCAGGCACUAUGCGCGGGGUCAUCAGCAAAGCGGUGGCUCAUGCUGCGAACCGGACCCAAUUUGGAGACAAGAUCUAUAACUUUGGAGCCAUCCAGGAGAAGCUGGCCCGCAUGGCUCUCCUGCAGUACGUCACAGAGUCCAUGGCCUACAUGAUCAGUGCGAACAUGGAUCAGGGCGCGUCAGACUUCCAGAUUGAAGCGGCCAUCAGCAAAAUCUUUGGCUCGGAAGCUGCGUGGACCGUGACCGAUGAGUGUAUCCAGCUCAUGGGUGGAAUGGGCUUCAUGAAGGACGCCGGGGUAGAGCGGGUGAUGCGAGAUCUGCGCAUCUUCCGGAUCUUCGAGGGGACCAACGACAUCUUGCGCCUGUUUGUCGCACUGAAUGGUUUCCAGAACGCCGGGAGCCAGCUGCGGGGGUUGCAGCAGGCCGCCAAGAAUCCCCUGGCGAACGCCGGCCUCUUGGUCACCGAGGUUGGCAAGCGAAUGCGCAGGAGAGCCGGUUUGGGAACAGGGAUUACGCUGAAUGCUGUUGUGCACCCAAGCCUGAAUUCAAGUGCUGAACAGACUGUCCGGGCAAUCGAUCUCUUCGCAGGGGCAGUGGAAGAGAAGCUUCUGAAGCACGGCAAAAAGAUAAUCGAUGAACAAUUUGUGCUGAAGCGCAUUGCCGACAGCGCCAUUGAUCUCUACGCCAUGGUGGUGGUUCUGUCCAGAGCGUCCCGGUCCCUGGAGCAGGGUCACCCCACAGCCCAGCACGAGAAAGUGCUUUGUGACACAUGGUGUGCAGAGGCUGCCGACCGGGUCACUCAGAACCUGACGUCCCUGCGGGCCGACUCCACGAAGCAGAUCUUCAAGAACCUCCGGAGCAUCUCCAAGGCAGUGGUGGAGAACGAAGGGGUGGUCUCCCCCAACCCCCUGGGCAUCUGACCCGUGCC